AUGAGAAAAUUAUGGAGCUUAAUUAAAAGUCAGUUUUUAAUCCUGUUAAUGAGUUUGCUUUUGAUUCUUUAGUGCAUAUUUGUUUCUGAGGAAUACUACUAUUUGUUUGUGGUAAUAAUAUUGUUAAUAACUCGUAUGGUUUGGGAAUAUUUUUAAGCAUUGUAAUUAUAAGUGGUAAUAAUCAUAUAAUAUUUGGGAUUUAUGGGUAUUUUGUAUUUAAGUAGUGAAGCAAAUGCAAUAUCUUGCAUGUGUAUGAUGUAAAUUGGAUAUACGUUAUUGUUUGAGAAUAAAUUAAGAAGCAAAAUGCUUAUAAUAUUGUAUUGUGUAGGAGUCGAUAUUCUUGUUCUUGUUUUAUUUAUGCAUGUAAAUUUGUAUGAAAUAUAUUUACCUUGCAUAUCAAUAGCGAUAAAAACAUUAACAUAAUUGAUAAACGAAUCAAAAUUAAAUGGAAACAUUAACUUUAAUUAAAAAAAUUUGUAUGUGGAUAGCAAUCAUCAUUCUACUUACAGGAUCACAAAAGAUCAAAAUCAUUCUGAUAGUUAACCACCAACUCCAAAAAGUGAUACAUUUUAAGUUGAAUUACUAAGUUUCUUUCCUUAAGGGAUAGCACUAGUUUCAUUAGAAGAUGAAGUUAAAUUUUGUAAUGAGAAUAUGAAAAAGAUAUUUGAAGAAAGAGAAAAUUAGAAAUCAAUUCUAUAAUGUAUAUUUAGUUUAGAAGAUCAAUAAAUCGUUGAAUAAACAGAAACCCAAUAAAUAGAAUAACCAAAAUAAUCAAUGAGUUCUUUUUCUACUUUUCAACCUGUACCAAUACCUAAGACUUUAUUCUAGAGCGCAUCAAGAUCUUAGAAUAAGUAAUCAGGAACUGUGAUUUAAUAGAAAUAUAAAGAAACACUAUUGCCACGUGCAAAAACAUAGCAUAAACAAAAUACUUUAAAAAUUUAGGAUACUUUUCUAACUGAUUGUUGCGUAAGAUAUUUUUAUAUUUUAUAAAUUAGGUUAUCGAAUAAGAGAUUUAAUUUAUCAAAAAACAGAUGCAAAGUAAAGAAAUAAUAAAUCUAAUGAAGAAUACUCAUUGUUAUGUAUAAGAACAUAUUGUUAUAUUGGGGUAUAUUAAAUCAGAGAAACAUAAGAGAAGAUAAAUUGAAGUUAAAUUAUAUUCCACUUUAAUAAAUGAUUGUCCUUAAAUUUUAAUUGUAGCCAGGGAUAUCAGUCAUAGAGAUUACAUUCAUUCAUUAAAAAAUUAUAGUAAUCAGAAAUCCAAAAUGUUAGCCUUUGUUAGUCAUGAAUACAGAACUCCUUUAAAUUGCAUCAUUGAUCAACUCAAUGAAAGUUUGAAGGAAGAAUAUAGAAAUAGAUCUGAAACUCAAUAUUGUGAAAAAGAUAAGGAAAGUCAUAAAUUUGUUAAGGUUGCUUUAUAUACAGCUAAACAACUCUUGAAUCUUUCUGAUGAUUUACUUGAUUUGGCAUAAAUAAGAGUUGGUAAAUUUAAGGCGACUAAAUAAAAAUUUAAUCUUGAAAAUAUGUUAAAAAAUUGUCUUGAGUUAUUCUCAGCAACUGCUGAAAAAUAAUAAAUUACAUUAAUUUUAAAUUACAAUCAACAUGUACCUAAAAUUAUUGAAUAAGAUUCAAACAGAAUCAAAUAAAUUAUUAUGAAUUUAAUAGGAAAUGCUUUUAAAUUUACUCUAAAAGGAAAUAUUACUUUAUAGGUUACUUAAGGGUAAGAUAGAAAAAGAAUUACUAUAUCUGUUAUUGAUACAGGUAUUGGAAUCUCAGAUGAUGAUAAAGUCAAAUUAUUUAAAGCUUUUGCGAAAGGAAAUAGCGAGGAAAGUAAAAAGAUGAACUCUCAAGGAGUUGGAUUAGGUCUAUUAAUCAGUAACUAAAUUUUAUAGAGCCUUAAUGGAGAUAUUUAAAAUGGAUUGAAACUGUAAUCUUAAUAAAAUAAAGGUACUACAUUUUAUUUUUCAAUUUCAAUUUAUGAUGUACAAGAAUCAUUAUCACUACACUAAUUGGAAGAACGUAAUUAAGAGAGUGAAAAUUCAGAUUAGGAUUCUUUAGUAAUUCCUGAUGAUGAUGAAAAACCUUAAUAAUUGAAAGUGACUAAAAAUAUUACAAAUGUCUAAGGAUCUACUAAAGUUUCGAUAAAUGAUCAUCCAAAAAUUUUGAUAGUAGAUGAUGUCUAAUUAAAUGUAGAAAUGAUUGCAAGAAUGAUAAAAGAUAUAGGAGCAGAUUGGGCUUUGAAUGGUUAUUAAGCAAUAGAGAAAUGCAAAGAGAGAAUAAAGAAUAAACAAGAAUUUUAUAAGUUAAUAUUAAUGGAUCUAGAAAUGCCAAUAAUGAAUGGAUUUUAAGUAACAUAAGCAAUUUUAAGUUUAUGUGGUGAAUAAGGAGUAUCUACAACAAUUAUUGGAUGUUCUGCAUAUGAUUCAGAAGAAUAGAUGUAAGAAUGUUUAAAAUAUGGAAUGACAGGAUACUUAAAUAAGCCAGUAGAGUAGAAGGCGCUUAAAAAAAUCUUAAUUAAAUAUCUAUGA